AUGGCCGAUAGCAGCGAUUGCUGUGCAGAAGUGGCCGAACCCGGGUCGUAUGACUGUUGCGGCCGCCCUGCGCUACAAGCGAGGCUAAUCGCGAUAGGACUCGAUCCUGACCUGGCACGACUGCUUGCCAGUAAGCAACUUAUGCUCUCCAACCGACGGAUCAUAAGCGAACUUCCCAAUACACCAUAG